AUGGUGUCUGGAGAAGUCCCUAGUAGUUUUGAUGCUUACAAGAGGAAGAAGUUCUUCAAGGAUGCUAGGCACUACUAUUGGGAUGAGCCUUACUUGUACAAGAGAGGACCAGAUAGCAUUUACAGGAGAUGCAUAGCUGAAGAAGAUGUACAAGGAGUUCUUGAGCAAUGCCAUGGGUCUGCUUAUGGAGGUCACUUUGCACAUUCAAAACCGCAACUAAGGUUUUGCAAUCUGGUUUAUGGUGGCCUACUUGUUCAAGAUGCAGCAAGUUACAUUGCCAAGUGUGAUCCAUGCCAAAGGAAAGGAGGAUCACCAAGAGGGAUGAAAUGCCACUAA